CUGAGAGCCCAAAGCAGUCGCGAUCCGGGCGUUGAGGCGCGAGGUAGUGAGUAUGCUUCUUGGCCGGAGAACGCGCGAAAACACGUAACUUCCGGCUUUGGUCCGCGCCAGGAUCCCGGGAAAGGGAUUUUCCGACUUCGAAGUGGAUUUCGCAUAUUUGCCCAGAGUGUUUUCGUGUCUGUUCACGGAUGACGUCAUAUCCAGGGUUCAUAAUUCAUUGACGAUGUGAUUUACGUGUGCCACCAUUGUGUUUUACUUCGAUCCUUCGGAAUUUUGUGAACUAUUUUUGUGUUUCGGGCGACAUGGUGGACAACAGUUGUGUUAUAGAGGGAUCCGUCAAGUUCAGGGAUGGGAAAAAGUGGAAAUCAAGAUGGUGUGUUAUGCGAAAACUAUCACCAGUAGCAGAUUGCCUCCACCUCCAACUGUACAGAGACUCCAAAGACCGCUACAAGCAGGGCCAGACGAAGGCAUCCCUCUCCCUAGAACACUUCCUCGGCCUUGAAUCCGGCUUUACCCUAGACAAAGAAUCCCACACGGUGGCCAUAUUGUGCCAGGAUGUCGUCGUGGUGCUCGCUUUCGACAACAGAGAGCGCCUCAUGCAGUGGCAGGUCAAGCUCAGCUCCCACCUGGGUGACGGUCCUCACUUCCUGGUGCUCAUCUCCUCCGCCCCUCCAAAAUCCAGGAUACCCCAGGGUCCCGCAAGGCUGCACGUCCAAGAGAGAGGGUUCUGCUUAACGACGGGCGUACCUCCUAGGAUAUCCGGCCAGUGGCUGAUCAGCAACCUCAGGAGGUACGGGGUGGUGGAGGGAAGGUUCUGCUUCGAGGGAGGGUCUAGGUGCGGCAAGGGGGAGGGGUUGCACGUGUUGUUGACGGAUCAGGGGGACGAGAUCACGAGCACGCUGAAGGUGGCAGCGACUGGCAGUUUGCACAACUCCAGGAGGAGGCCUGUGUCGAGGAAUAUGUCUGUCAUGGACAGCCCCCGUCGACCGGCGAUACGGAGCGACGGACGCGCCGUGUUAGAUUUGAGCGAAGGUUCCAUGAUGUCCAGAGCGGAUUCGCCAUACACGGAUCUGGAGAGUAACUACGGCUGUGGUGAUAGUAUAUCGAAUGACGGAUGGGGUCCGCCCCCCAUCGAGAGGUGCAUGAGCUGUAUCAGCAAACUCGGAGCCUUGUCCAGAUCCUCGACGGCCACGGUACCCAUGGGUCUGACGCCUUUCUGGGAGCAUACCUGCGACGGGCACUCCAUCAGCAGCGGUUCCGACAGCAGCGGAUGGAGUCAGACGAUAACCAGGCCGCCGGCCAGGCCUCCCAAACCCGGAUGUACCAGCCCGUGCAAGGGGGCCCCGAGCCAGCCGAGCUAUGAUAACUACGACGUGCCCAAAAUACCAUAUCCAGUGGAAUCCAAGAGCGACGAGCACUACGAUACCCCAAGAAAGCUCAAGGAAUGUAUAUUUGAUACUGUACAGAAACCAUGCGGCUGCAUCGUCCGCAUCCGUCAACCGGAGGCGGGAAAACAGCCGGAACGCCAGCCAGAACGGCAACAGGAAAAACAGCCUGACCGACCCUGCGUAUGCCAACGCCUCAUGUCCUGUUGGACCGCCACCGAAGACGUCCACGCCCUUUACGCCACCGUAGACAAGAGCAAGAAAUGCCACCGAACCCAACCAACGGCCAGUUCGGCCAACUACGCUAACCUAACGCCCACCAACGAAACAAUCGAACAUCCGCCAGAGAAGAGUCAAUCAACGAUCGCUGCCACAAACUACGAAAAUAUGGAAUUUGCUCAAACCCUUCAACUGUACGAGAACUCCAAGGAGAUCCAGGACAAAUGCAGGGAUCUCUGCGAGAAAUGCGGACACGCUCAAGAGGACUACCUCAUGAUGGAGCCAUCCAACAACAAACCCGCUCAGCCACACCCGGGCUACCUCCCAAUGUCCCCUGCGGUCAAGCAGCGUUUGGAGAAAGUCUUGUCUAAUAGUAAUCCGAAUUUAGGACCAGCCUUAGAUCGCACCAACAAACCGUCUGGGUCUUCCAUGUUCCAAGCGAACAUCUAUCAACGAAAACAAAUACUAGACUACACGGACAACCUACAACGAAAGAGAUCGAACUCUGCGGAUUCCUCCAGUAGAUGCGAGGAACCUGAAAUGUCUUCGCCCACGCCGCCAACCACCUGCCAGUGCAGCCAGCAGAUAGCGGUCAGGAGAUCCUCUUCCGUGCCCUGCAAAUCCAACAGGGACUCGUCCAGUUCCAACGAUUCAGGUGUCUUCGAGCUGCCUCGUAAAGUUCAGCUGUGCCCAACCACCCUUCCUAGACGUUCCAAGUCGUCGGAUCCCCUCAGGGAUCUUAGUUUUCAAUUCAACAAGACUGAUGGUAAAUCUGCCAGUGCCGAGGCCGAGGUUCCUGUCUGUCCUUCGGGAUCGACCAGUAGCGGGACGUCGGACAUGUCCGAUUACUUCGAGACUCUUUCCUUGUCUUCGCACAGCUCCAGCGAGGCGCCUCCUCCUAGCUGCACGCUGAGACCUAGGUCGGGUAACGAAUAUCUGAGUCUGCAGAGGUUGAUAGCUCCUGUCCCGGAGGAGAGGCAAAACUAGUCCGUUUUAUUAUAAGCAAUAAACUUAAACUAGCGUUUAGUACAUUAUAUUUACAGAAUAUUAAAAUUAUGUAUGUAAUCUUUUCUGUAUAAAGGUAUUUACUUUAUAAAUAAAUUAUUAUAAUAUGA